CAGCCAGCCAACGCGAAACAGGCGGGCGAGGGCUGCUCGCUGCUCUGCCUCGCGCUCGGGUUUAUUGCUUUGUGGCCCCACCCCCUGUUGGAGGCUCCACUUUAGCUGAGGGGCUGCUGGCUCGCUGACCGACUUGGGGGGCUCCGGCUGGCUGGCUCUCGGCGCGCUUCUCGCCCGCCCCCAAUUCUGGACGCAGAGGCAUGGGGCACCGAGGGGAGGACGCGCCCCUUCUUCUUCUGCUGCUCCUGUCGCUAUUUGCUUCCUGCCACGGGCGUAUUGUGAAGGUGCCUGCAGGUCCUCUAGUGCGAGUUGAGAGCACAGAGGUGGUGAUUCCAUGCAACGUUAGUCAAUAUGAAGGACCCAGCGAGCAGAACUUUGACUGGGAGUUCUCUAGAAUCUCUGCUCCGGACUCUAGAUUUGUACAAGUAGUGAGUACUUGGGACCCUUGGUUCACGUCUCAGGAGUAUAAAGAUCGGGUUGACGGUAAAGAGAUCACAUUGAGGCGAAACAGCAACAACUCUGUGGAACUCGUGAUUGGAAACAUCCGCCCUGCUGACCAAGGGAUGUACCGAUGCACAACGCCCAGCACAGAUUCUGUCGUUCAGGGAAAUUACAAUGCCGUAGUUGAAGUCAAAGUGAUUGCGGAUGGCUUAACCAUUGGUGGGUCUAAAGCUACAUCCACUUGGAACUUAUCAGAAGGAGAUGCAUUUCAGUUGCGCUGCUCAGCAUCCACCAAUUCUUCAGAACACACACAUCUGCACGUGUCUUGGGAAUUCAGAAAUGGGUUUGCCUGGCAAGAAAUUCUCUCCUUGACGCAUGAGGGCAAGUUCCAGCCUGGUUCAGAGUAUAACGAGCGCUAUAUCAGUGGAGAUGUGCGUUUAGAUGCCAUGGCCAAUGACAUUUACCGCUUGUCUGUGUCCCAGGCUCUUCCAACAGAUGAAGGUGCCUACAGGUGUCGAGUGAGUGAAUGGGUUAAAGGUGCAGAUGCUUCAUGGCAGAAGAUCCAAGAAAAGGCUGUGGAUAUAGCAAAUGUGGUGGUGCAGCCAACAGCUUUAGGUGUGUUCAUCACCAGAAGCAAUGUAUCUGUGACAGAGGGAGACUCCCUUGACCUUACCUGCAACUUCACAACAGACAGAAGUGGUAUCUUCCAAGCAGAAGUCAGGUGGUACUUCAGUGAAUCACCUGAUAGCACCAUGGCAGAAGCUCAGGUUUUGCUAAGUGCAGACCGUGAUUCUGUUGUUAGUGAUUCUACCCUCAUCAGCCUCAGCCAUGUCGAUCGGAGUUCUUACCACCUAUUGGUACGUGAUGUGAGCACUGAAGAUUCCGGUUACUACUACUGCCAAGCAACUCUCUGGGUGCCACAGCACAAUGGUAGCUGGCACAAGGUAGCAGAGAGGACAUCUGUGCCUGUCACUGUGGAGGUGUUGGCAUUAGAGCCAAAUUACCAUGUGUUUCUGAAUGCGACUAAAACACCUAAGUAUGCAGAAGAUCCCACAGAAUUGGAAUGUAGGAUCACAGAGGCGCAGAACACUGAAACAAAUGUGCGUUUCACUGUCUCAUGGUACUACCGAUUACCUAUGCGCAGUGAUGAAGUAGUGAAAGAUGAACUUCUUGCCACCAUGGAUGCAGACUGGACGCUGGUAGUUGGGGACAGAAGCAAACAACGGGCCCAGAAUGGGGAAAUUAUUUUCUCUAAACCAACUGUGGACACCUUCCGCUUACGAAUCCAGUGGACCUCUGAAGUAGACAGAGGAGAUUAUUAUUGUGUAAUUUCUUCAUGGAGCAGGCAACGAAAUAACAGCUGGAUAAAGAUCAAGGAUGUGGCUUCCGUGCCUGUAAGCAUUUUAUGGUCUACACAAGGUAGGAAUCUUGUACAGCCUGACUUUAAAAACUUGUGAUGCAAAUUGUUGGUGACUC